UACGUGAAGAAGGUGAUUUUAUCGACCAGCUGGCCCAUCUUUCAUUUUAUGAUGAGAAUAAUCCGGUGCGGGAAUGGAUGGAAUAUGGUCGAUCUAACCGCGCUCCAGUUCUGGACGAGGAUGAUGAUGACGGAGACGUCCCUCUCCCGUCUCAUAUUGUCAGGGAUCAAAUAAACCUCUCAGAUCUACGUGACACUACGGGGGAUGCUUGCAUCAGCGAUUGGGCACGUAGACAUGUGGGUGACACUCACCUAGGGAAGAGGAAAUUCCAGAGGGGGCAUACGAAGGGUGACUCGAAGCGUCAAAAACAAAAAGGAAAAGCAACAGCAAAAUCAGUGAACAGCGACACGUCCAUAGAUGAUGGCGAUGGUGAGCGUAGUCCACCGUAUCAAGAGACUGGGGAUAGCAGCUCCGCUGGUGAUGGUGACGGUAGUGACGGUGCAGAUGCUGGUGGUGGUGGUGGUGGUGGUGGUAGUGGUGGUGGUAUUCCCAUUCGUUUCACAGGGGAGACUCAGUUCACACAUGCUACUCAGGACCCCGAUCAUGGAGCACCGGAAUCACCGAGGAGAACGCUGAUAAUUGGACCUAAGUGGGCUUUAAAGAUGGAUGUCUUAUCUAUCUUCCAGAAGAUAGAGAGGAGGCCCCGCUCGUCCAGCACAUUCCGGUGGCAACCUCCUAUGUAG